UCAUAAUUUGACCAUAUUGCUCUCCUUGCCUGACCCAGUGACCGCAUCUAAUGCUACACCUUCGGAAUGUUUCCUCCAUCCUUCAGUCACUCCAGUCAGACUGCGAGCUUGAUCCCGCGUAAUUCAGCUAUCCGUCGGAAGGACUCAUCCCGCACAAUUCAAUACUCUUAAAGUUUGCAAUUUUUUAGACGAUGGAAGUGCGAUUAAUGUUUGUCUUGUUAUUGGUGCAUUAUGCUUCUUCCGCCGGCAGAUCGGCAGCCUCUCCGGUUUCUGGUGAUGUUGUCGGAAUCUCUCCUCAAGACGAGGAGUACUACAAAGCCCUAUCAAUGGGGGCGUCCAUAAAAUGCAAAGACGGAUCCAACAAGUUCACGAAGUCUCAAUUCAAUGACGAUUUCUGUGACUGCACAGAUGGCUCCGAUGAGCCAGGCACAUCAGCUUGUCCGGAAGGAAAGUUCUUUUGCAAGAAUGCUGGGCAUUCUCCGAUAUUUAUUUAUUCAUCAAGGGUGAACGAUGGCAUCUGCGAUUGUUGUGAUGGAAGUGACGAGCAUGCAAGUAAAACCAAGUGCUCAAAUACAUGCUGGGAAGCUGGCAAGGAGGCUAGAGAUAAAUUGAAGAAGAAAAUUGAAACAUAUCGAGAAGGUGUUGUUAUACGGAAGCAAGAAAUUGCACAAGCAAAAUUAGCAAUAGUUAAGGAGGAAGAAGAAUUAUCCACACUAAAAAACAAGGAGAUUACACUUAAAGAUCUUGUUGAGGAGUUGAAGGCACACAAGGAAGAGAUAGAGAAGGCUGAGGAGAAAGAGAGGUUGGAGAAAGAAAAAGAAACACAAAGGAAAGAAGUAGAACAAACAAAGCUGGAGGAGACUAAAACACACGAUGAAUCUGAAAAUCAUUAUGAAGCAGUGAAGGAUAACAUCAAUGAAGAGAUACAGAAGGCUGAUGAGAAAGAGAGGUUGGAGAAAGAAAAAGAAACACAAGGGAAAGAAGUAGAACAAACAAAGCUGGAGGAGUCUAAAACACACGAUGAAUCUGAAAAUCAUUAUGAAGCAGUGAAGGAUAACAUGAAUGAGGAGAUUGGUCUUCUUGAUAACUCUCUUGAAAUACAGAACGAGGUCGAAGAUCAUGAUGUUGCUUUGGAUAAAGUUGAAAUAAGUGAUUCAACAAUGGAUGAAUUUCCUAGUGAGGAAUCAGAUCAGGUGCCAGAUGAUUUUCCCAAGUUGGUGGAAAAGCAAAAGCAGCCGUCCGAUGAUGGUGGUUGUGGUGGUAGGUGUGAUGGUGGAGGUGAUGAUAAAUUUGGUCAUAUUACCAGUGAGGAGAAUGAAGAGAUUCAAAAUACAAAGUCCUUGUCAAGGGAAGAGUUGGGGCGCCUCGUUGGUUCACGUUGGACAGGAAAAAAGUCUGAGCAGGGAAUAGAAGUGAAAGAAUCUCCGAAAGGUAAUGAUCAAGAAGACCACGAUGAUCAUCAUGAUGAAGUAACUAAUGAAACUGAUGAAGAAUAUGAUGCAUAUGAUUCUGAGGAGGAUGACCUUAAAAAUGAAGAUGACGAUGCUGAGGCUGUAGACGACGUAGAAGAAUAUGGUGGGGAAGAUAAUCAUGUCUCAAGUUCUUCAUACAAGUCUGAGUCCGAUGAUGAUUUCGAUUUAGGAGAUGCUACUAAUCCACCUUGGAUGGAAAAGAUAAAACAAUAUGUCCGGAGGCUUUUUGUAGCUGUUAAUUUGUUCCGGACUCCAGUAAACAUUUCUGAUGCUACACGCGUGCGGAAAGACUAUGACGACUCAAGUGCCAAGUUGUCAAAAAUACAAUCAAGAAUAUCUAGUCUGACGCAAAAGCUAAAACAUGAUUUUGGGCCGGACAAGGAAUUCUAUUCAUAUUAUGACCAAUGUUUUGAAAGCAAGCAGAAUAAGUAUACGUACAAAAUUUGCCCUUUCAAAGAAGCUAGCCAAGUCGAGGGCUACAGUACAACUCGUCUGGGGAACUGGGAUAAAUUUGAGGACUCCUACCGUACCAUGCAAUUUUCAAAUGGAGACAAGUGCUGGAAUGGACCAAAUAGAAGUUUAAAGGUUAUAUUAAGAUGCGGCCUGAAAAAUGAGGUAGUUGAUGUAGAUGAGCCCAGUCGUUGUGAAUAUUUAGCAUUUUUAUCCACACCAGCCCUGUGUCUGGAAGAAAAGCUGCAGGAACUUGAAGAGAUGAUGAUGAAGAACGAGGAUCAACCUCAAGGUCACGAUGAGUUGUGAUAGCUCGAGAUGGGCAUUUUUAGGAUUGCCCGAGUAUUGAUGGACAAUAUAGACUCAUAGGGCUGUGGGGUUGCUAGAAGGUGAUGAAGAAGAAUUUUGAACUAGACGCAAAGAGGUCUCAUAUAGGUUUUUGUCCUAAAUAUGUAUCAGAGUUUUGGUUAUAGUCUAACCCGAAAUUGAGUUUUAUCAAAUGCUGGAGGACAUUCCAAGCCGUGUGUUUUGGCAUAGUAGACACUAAUUACAGGAAUGCUAGUAAUAAAUAUCAUACAUCCAAAGGUGUUUUGGCAAAAAUUCUUAAUUUAUCUAGUUUUGUUUUUAC